CAAAACGCCGAGAUAUUCCGAAUGACAACACGCAUGCUCCAAAAUGGCGUCGCUCCUGUUUCGUCAGGUACUUGCCCCUAAGAAUGGGCCGGGCACUUCCAAACUGUUCGUUAACAUAUCCAAAGAACUGCUGUAUUGCAAUCGGAGAUCAUUUUCCUUCUCCCUUGCGAGGUUUGCACAACCGGCAGGCCAGAAAAAAACAUUUUCGCGAGAGAAACCUCACAUAAAUAUUGGGACAAUCGGCCAUGUGGACCACGGGAAAACAACCUUGACAGCAGCGAUUACAAGAGUCCUGUCCGAGGAAGCCAAAGCAGACUUGAAACGAUAUGAAGACAUCGAUAAUGCCCCAGAAGAAAAGGCCAGAGGUAUUACAAUCAAUGCAGCAUUGGUGGAAUACGAAACCGAGAAUCGUCAUUACGGUCAUGUCGACUGCCCGGGGCACGCCGAUUACAUAAAGAACAUGAUCACAGGAACAGCUCAAAUGGACGGCGCCAUUCUUGUUGUCGCAGCCACUGACGGAACCAUGCCACAAACUAGAGAACAUAUGUUGCUUGCUAAACAGAUUGGUAUACAAAAGGUUGUUGUCUUCAUCAAUAAGGCUGAUGCUGCCGACCAGGAGAUGCUGGAGCUUGUUGAAAUGGAGGUACGAGAACUACUCACAGAGAUGGGGUAUGAUGGGGACGGCACUCCUGUUGUCAUUGGGUCUGCUUUAUGUGCCCUAGAUGGAGUUAAGCCUGAAAUUGGAGCUGUGAAGAUCAAAGAGCUUCUUGAAAAUGUUGACAGUUACAUCCCUAACCCUUCUAGGGAGCUUGAAAAACCCUUCUUUCUGCCCAUAGACUCUGUGUUUUCUAUUCCUGGUAGAGGAACAGUUGUUUCAGGAAAGCUUGAAAGGGGCGUCAUCAAGAAGGGUGAUGAGUGUGAGUUAAUUGGCUUUGAUAAAGUCCUGAAAACAACAGUCACUGGCAUUGAGAUGUUUCACAAGAACUUGGAUCGUUCUGAAGCCGGAGACCAAGUUGGAGCUUUGAUAAGAAGCAUCAAAAGGGAUGACCUGAAGAGAGGAUAUGUGUUAGCCAAACCAGGGACAAUUAAACAACAUAACAGAUUUGAGUCACAAAUCUACCUGUUGAGCAAAGAUGAAGGAGGGCGUGCAAAACCGUUUACUGAUUUCUUCCAAGCCCAAAUGUUUUGUACAACAUGGGAUGCUCCUGCUUCAUUGAAAAUCCCAGACAAAGAUAUGGUUAUGCCAGGGGAGGAUGCUAAAGUCAUUUUUAACCUGAAGAAAAAGAUGGUUAUGGAAAAGGGUCAACGCUUUACCAUCAGAGAUGGACGAGGAACCCUGGGAUACGGUGUCGUUACAAACAUCUUGCCUGAUGGUGAUGUUGAAGCCUAUGAACAGGAGCGCGUGCUUAAGAGAAAGGAACAGAAGAAGACGAAGACAACAUAGCUCCUUGUGUAGAGAUAUCAUUAUCGAUCAUGUUGAGAAAUUUGUAGUGCAUUAUGUGCAGAACAGUUGUGUGCCAAUUAUGUGUUAAAACUUUGAGCAAAGGACCUUGGAAAAACUAUUGUGCAUCACUUUGUUGAAAAGAUGCCAUCAUAUGUUACAAUGAUAGUUUGAAGAGCUUUCUUUAUAUUGUGUAUGAAUAAGUCAACAUUUCAUUAUUAUUCCUUGAUGAAAACUGUGCUAAAUAAACCAGAAGUGUCUGAAAAUGUGAA